AGUGGUGAAAGCGAUCGUGAUGUUUUCAACGAAAAACCUUCCAGAGAAGAGAUUCUUGCAGCUACUCAGGCAAGUGAAGUCUUAGGUGCAUGCAGCUCCGAUUUUAUUUUGAAAUUGUUAGGUUAAAUCUUCCUUUGAAACAUUUCCAAUCUGAGUGAAUCUUCUCAAUCCUUAAUCAUGUUCAUCAAAUUUUAGUUGAUUAUUUUCGUUUUAAUGCUCUUCUUGCUGAAAAAUAAUACUUCUAAGUAAUUCUGCUCGUCACUAAAAAACGAAAGAAGAAAUAAUAGUUUUUCCAUCUGAUCACCUUCAAAGUCUUUUAUCAACAAGGGCGUUAGUUUUCCACACGGCGGAUAAAACAGUGCACCAGAUCUAGUAGAUAAUAUAGUUCGUUUGGUUAUCAGUCAACUAAGAUAAGACGAUCUUAGCUACCGUAAAAGGAUUUUUAGACUCUUUUUUUGUUCUGUUUUGGUUAAUUUUUUUAUUAUUUUUUUUUUCGUGUUGUUUUGCGUGCGCGAGAAAAGGGUCUGGGAAGCAAUUUGCAGGUAGCUUCAAAAGCUCUUUUUACAGUUAAUUCUAACGGAAGUUAAAACUCUUGAAAUGUGGUUAAAGAAUAAAAAAGUUUUUAAUCCACAAAACUGACGCUCCUCCUUUGUGUCACUUUAGGGGUCCGAAGGAACAAAGAAACUACCUGAACUGGCCACUCUUCACACAACAAUGGGCGACAUUACCUUUAAACUGUUCAGCCAAGAGUAAGUCAAAUUAAUUCUAUUUUUGUAUUGAUUUCAGAGCAGAUAAAAGGAAAGUACACUGUUUUAAUUCAAUUUCUUGUGAAAUUAUUAAUGUCAAGAUUAAGACUUGAUCUUACAUUUCUACUGCUGCACUGCUUGUCUUUGAACACCAAAGAGGAACUGUGUGCACCAAUAGGAGCGCGAAAAACGCUCCAAUAACAGCUAGCCACCAUGCUACGUCGACAAUGACCCAUACUUAUACAGCCGCAUCGGUGACGAAGAUUUAACCUUACAGCAGCCGAAACGAAACGAUCAAUGAUAGAUAACGACAACGCUAUCUCGAUACCGACCCUUAUCGCGAGACCAUGUCAUCGUCAAUUUUCCUGGUCUACUAAGAUGAAAAGUAAAUACAUCUUAGUAAGAGAUGUUUUUCGUCUUGUCACGAGCAUGGGACACCGUGCUGAUCCCAGCAGUAUGCAGGAAGAAUGUUAUAUAAACUUCGUAAUGGAACUCGCGUAGAGUCACUGUGGCUCAGUUGUAGAGCAUCGGAGCCCUUUCCUCCUGGGAACGCAGAAUUUUUUCUUUGUCCCACGCUCGUGACAAGACGAAAAAAAUAUUUCUCUAUUUCUUUACCGAGCUCAAAACUUACCAUCGCUAUUUAAAUAAAUAUUUUUCUAUUACUGUCAUGGUUAAUUUUUUAUCAUAUUUACGUCCAGGUGUCCCAAAACUGUAGAAAACUUCUCAACCCACAGCGAGAAUGGUUACUACAACACGCACAUUUUCCACCGUGUUAUUCAUCAGUUUAUGAUACAAACUGGUGAUCCAGAAGGUAAGAAACGAGUUAACCCUUUAACUCCCGUGAGUGACUAGGACAGAAUUUCUCCUUACAAUAUUAAUAAAAUAUCAACCAGAUGAGUGAUGAGAAUAAAGAAAAAAUAUCACUUUGGGAAUAAUAAGUUGAUCCAAUACUAAAUUCUCUGAACCAACAGUAUGAGAAUUGUAUGGUUGACAGUAAGGAGUAUCACAAAUUUCAUCUGGGAGUUAAAGGGUUAGUCUCCAUUUCCUCUCAAGCAACAAAAACUUGACCGAGACUUUUAUCGAGGAAAUUUGCAAGGGGUACAAUUUCCCUGAAUGUCAACACAGUUCCUUGAGUAGUGUCCUUUUCAAGUUACUUGAGCCAAUUUUAUCUCGGUUUCCCCGCAGCCAUGUGAUUCUUUUUGCCUCCUUGUUUCCCGUUUCUGCUCAAAGAUCUCAGUGGUGAUUCUCCUUACUCACCAAAUUAUAUUUCUCAGCUUUAGUUCUGAGAUUUUUGUCUUGAAUCAUGAAGUAUCCCAUGGUUGAUAUUUUUCUUUAUUCUCAUGACUUUUCUACUUAAUAGUGUACGGAAACUGCAAGGAGAAAUCAUUUAUUGGUCAGUUAUGUGAGUUAUAGGUUUAAAACUGGCAUGUUAGCCUUUGGACAGUGGAACUUCAUUGAGGAAAAAAAAGACACCUUUUCCAUCCAAAUCACGAUUUAACUUUUUUCGAGAAAUCUGCAAGACUACAACUAUAUGAUUUUAUUUUUCUGUAAAUCAGGUGAUGGCACUGGAGGGGAAUCUAUCUGGGGUGGUGAGUUUGAAGACGAGUUUCAUAGAAAAUUGCGACACGAUCGACCAUUUACAGUAAGCAUGGCUAAUGCAGGACCGAACACAAACGGCUCGCAGUUCUUCAUCACUGUUGUACCAACAGUGAGAAAACGGAGUUUGAAAUCGUUCUUCAGACAAUGGUGCGUUCAAAGAAAAGGGGACGACAGAUUUUUCACUUAAAACGUUUGCAAUUUAUUUCACCCAUUCAGUUGAGGUUUUCUUUAACUUUGAAUUUGAAGGGACAGUAGCCUGCCACGGAGGGGGUAGAGUUUGACACGAGAACAACCAUUACAAUUUCAAAAAAAAAUUUAGAAAGCUGAUACUGUGAAGAUGAUAUAUGGGUACGCGUUGUAAGAGCUUCUGUGAGGCGGGGAAGCGCGUAACCUUGAAAUUCCCUAACCUAUCGUAUAUGGGCCUAUACCCAGUGUAGCUCUUUUGACCUUUUGAUUGGUCGAGAACACUCGCCUCAUCUUUUACCCAACCAAUCAGAUGCUAAACAAAAGUCAAGUCCGACGUGGUAUCCCUCGUUUUCCCGCGCUUUAGGCCGUUCGCCUGUUCUGAUUGGCUGUUGUGACAACCUCGGUUUUAACACCUUUCUUUUCAAGUACUUUGCACCACUGACUGACAAGAAGUUAAUUCGUUUCUUCGUUUCUUCUUGUCACAACAGCCCUGGCUUGACAACAAGCACACUGUGUUCGGCCGCGUCGUUAAAGGAAUGGACGUGGUGCAAGAGAUUAGUAAGGUGAAAACAAAUCCUAAGGACGAUAAACCGUACGACGACAUCAAGAUUAUCAACGUUUCUUUGAAAGGCUAA